CGAGGACGAGUCCGACAACUAUUGGACCCCGUCAGGCAACAGCGCUCCCGGGUACCCAUCCCAUUGCCCGCGAGACCCGCCAAGACUGCUCGAAUCCCUCCGCUCGUUCGAAAAUUCGACCAACUCCGCGCCUGUACCGCCCGAGAUCCAGGCUCUGAGGAGACGCACCGUACUCCUGUUCGGGGACUCGAUUGACCGGCUUCAUCUGGAGCACUUUUGUUCCUUCCUUGGGCUGACACCGCGUGUGAUCCGCCCGGGGGACAGGCUCUACCCGCCCUCGCUCACACGGUUGGAACAGCAGCUCGCGGACGCCCGAGGGCGCGAGUUCGGAACAGACCGCUCCAGACCAUGGGCAUGUCAUGUCCCCCGUGCGGACCUGUUGCUCCUAUGGGUAUUCUUCCCAGGCUCAGACGACGGGCGGAGUACGCCCACGCCGCCUGCGAUCCCCGGGCACCUGGCGCCUCCCUCUUCCCCAGCAGAAGGGGACUGGGGCCCGCGCGCCUUCUGGCCAUCUACGAGCGAGCACUUUUACCCCCCUCUCGCGGCUGAAGAACGCUGGGAUAAGCUUGCGAUGCCCCUUCUUACGCGGAUGAAGCGGAGCCGGGUGGACCUAGCUGUGCUUGGGCUAGGCGCGUGGGACCUGGAUCUAGCGAAGAGGCUGGACAACCUUAGUGCUCGUUGGGUCUCCCAGCAGCUGGAUGAAAAUGCGGAUAGAAAUAAGGAGGAACUGAGGUUGACG